AUGAGCGCCGAAGAUCCCGUCAUCACUUACGAUGGCAAGGAUUUCAAGGGAGUGAAGGAGGGCAAGGCCACCAUCUUGGUCCCUGUCGAGGCGGCAGGAAAGGAGGGGAAGCAACAGGUCUUCUACAACCCGAUUCAGCAAUUCAACCGCGAUCUUUCAGUACUGGCCAUCAGAGCAUAUGGUGAGGAGGUGAUUCAGCGUAAAGCGACGCACCCCGCAUCCAAGCGCAAAGAGAAGAAGAGGCGGCGUCCUGCUGGGGAUGAGAGCGGCGAAAGGCCGGCUAAGGUCCAGGUUACGGAAGACGGCAAGCCUGCAGAGAGCACGACUGGCGAGGCGCAAACCGCCGGUGCUGAGGACAAGACUACCAGCGACGCGAAUGCCAAGACAGAAGAGGCGAAGACUUCAACUACGAACGAGGGCAAUGGUGGAGAGGAGAAGUCCAACCCCGCCAAGCCUCCCCCUAAAUUCACGAUUCUCGACGCCCUCUCCGCGUCCGGACUCCGCGCAUUGCGCUACUCGCAUGAGCUGCCGUUCGUGACGUCUGUAACGGCCAACGACCUCACCAAGUCUGCCGUCGAGUCUAUCAAGUUGAACGCGAAGCACAACGGCCUGGAGGACAAGAUCGUGGCGAACCACGACGAUGCGAUUGCUCACAUGUACAGGCGCAUCGCCGAUGACUUGUCCAAGAGAGAUCGCUUCGGUAACCCUAGCAAGGAGAACAAGUACGACGUCAUCGACCUCGAUCCCUACGGGACUGCUGCGCCCUUCAUUGACGCCGCCGUCCAGGCCGUCAGGGACGAUGGUGGUCUGCUCUGCGUCACUUGCACCGACGCGAGCCACUGGGCCGGCCACUGCUACGCCGAGAAGAGCUUUUCGUUGUAUGGCGGUGUCCCCAUCAAGGGUCUUCACUCUCACGAAGUCGGGCUGCGCAUCAUCAUCCACGCUUUGGCGAGCGCAGCAGCCAAGUACGGCUUGACCGUGGAGCCGCAGCUUUCUCUUUCGAUCGACUUUUACUGCCGAAUUUUCCUCAAGGUCCGCAAGUCCAAGGACGCCGUCAACUACCAGGGCGGCAAGACCAUGAUCAUGUACAACUGCCCGGGAUGCUCCGCAUGGGAAACGCAGCCCAUGGUGAGGAGCCGCCCCUACCCCAAGAAGAAGGACGGAUACUUUUACAAACACGGCCUCUCCCAAGGCCCUCCUACCGACUCGCACUGCAAGCACUGCGGGUCUACGCAGCACAUCGCCGGACCAAUGUACGGCGGCCCGCUGCACAACGCCGAGUUCAUCGAGCGCAUCCUCGACCUCAUCCCCACGGUCGACAAGAGCGUCUACCAGACGACGACGAGAAUUGAGGGCAUGCUGCAGACCGCCCUCGAGGAGUACAUUCCCGGGCCGGAGCCCGCGCAGGCGGUGGACCCCAAGGACAGGGAGCUCGCCAGGGUCGACGACUAUCCCUUCUUCGUCAUGCCCAGCAGGCUCGCCGGCACGCUCAACACGCAGCAGCCGCCGGACGACGUCUUCAGGGGCGCGCUGAGGCAUCUCGGGUACCGCGUCACGCGCAGCCACUGCCGACCGGGCAGCGUGAAGACGGACGCGCCGUGGGAGGCGAUCUGGUUCAUCAUGCGCGAGUGGGUCCGCCAGAAGGCACCCGUUCGUACGGAAAAGCUCAACCCGCAGAUGCCGGCGUACAGGCUGCUUGGUCUUGAUAAGGCGGAGAGCAACGGCGCCGCCAAGCCGGUCGAGGAAGCCGAAGGAGCUGCGGCGGAAGCGAAGGAAAGCAACGGCGCAGAGCAGGGCGAGAAGACGGAUACGGAGAUGAAGGAGACCUCGGAGACGGAGACGGCGGGGGACAAGAGCGAGAAGAAACCAUUUUCAGAGGAGUUGAAGAAGACGCUUGUCUUUGACGAGAAGCUGGCGCAGCUGGGUAAGCGUACGCAGGGCAGGAAGUUGGUCAGAUACCAGAUGAACCCGAGGGAGAACUGGGGCCCGAUGACGCGAGCGAAGGGGGAGUGA